UUAAGGAGCCCUGGGUGGGUUCGAUCCUCAGCACCACAUAAAAAUUAAUUAGUUAAAGAUAUUUUUAAAAAAUAAACUGUAGAAUCCACACGGUAGGAUAGGACAUUCCUCGUAAGCACAGCAGUACCAGCAACUGCAUUUUUAAUUUCCAUAUACCGGAUCCAGGUGAAUGCCCUGGGUGUUGGUCUGCAUUUCCCAAAUGAGGAAAUGGCCUAGAAAGGAGCCGACGCCAUAAUUGUAAGGAACCAGGUUCCCCAGUCCUUCCUCCCAACUGCCAAGCUGCCUUGCCCUGUGGGCGUAACUCUGGCAUCUCCAAGACCAACAGAGGCCUUGGCAACGCUGACACUCUGUGGAGCAACAGCCACCAGGCAGCCAUCCUAGAGCAGGUCAGGGGGCCAGGUGCAGCAGGCUGGAAUUCCUGCUGCCUAUGGAGUGGAUGGCAGCCCCAGGGCCCAAGCAGAGGGCCCCUCCUCGAGCCUUGGAGAAUGCUGUGCCGCAAGCAGAAGCCUGGCUGCCAGGAGUCUCUUGUGGCACCUCAGCCGGGGCCACCAGCCUGGAGGGAGAGCUUCCGUCAGAUCUGGAGAUGAGCGAGGAACAGCGGCUACAGAUCUCCAAGGAGCUGGUCGACCUUCAGAUUGCAACGCAUCGCCUGCAGGAGCAGCACGAGGCUGAAGUCUUCCAGCUGAAGAGGGAGGUGAGCAGCUGUAGAAGCCCAGGUGUGCCAGAUGAUCACACCAGGGCAGGUGGUGCCUGGGAGUGCACACACAUUCAGUAUCGGCCUGUCCUUUGUAUACCAUCUGCUCACCCUGAUGACCCACAGGUCCUUCGGCUGGAGAGCCGGGUGCUGGAGCUGGAGGUGCGUGGAAAUCAUAUCAGCCAGGGGCAUGUGGACCCAGCAGAGGUCAACCCAGUACAGAAGUUCAGUCAAGAAACCCAGGGGCCCAGACACUCUGCCCACCACAGCCACCAGGUCACCCUGACCACAGGAAGAGCCCAGGUGCAACCCAAGGAUGUCCUGAUCCCUAAGCCAUUGAAACUGGAGAAUAGUCUGCUGGGAACCCAGGAGCUUCGGGGUGAAGUGAAGUGGGUGCUGGAACAUCACAGGGCCCUUCAGCAGACACUGGAGACACGGGUCAGGGCAGCCCUGGGCCAGCAGCUGCAGGGAGCACAAGAGGAAGCCAGGGCAGCUGGACAGCGGCUAGCUGCACAAGCAGUGGUAAGCAUCACCCCCCACACCCUGUGUGCUUCGAGAUCCAGCAGUAGGUAUCCUCCAAGUACAGCAAGGUCCCUCCCUCACCCCCAGAUGCUGUCCACCUGCCAGGGCCAGCUCCGACAGGCCCAGGUUGAGAACGCCCGGUUGCAGCUGCAACUGAAGAAGCUGAAUGAGGAGUAUGCCCUCCGGCUGCAGCGCUGCGCCCGAGAGGCAGUGGUGAGCACCAGGCCAGGGGCCCUGUGGUGGAGAGGGGAGGCCUGUGAGUCCCAGGGAGCCCACAUCUGGUCUGGGCAUGCUGGACAGCUUCAGGGAGACCCUAGGGAUGGGAUUGGGCCCAACCAGGUCACCCUGCCAGCUCCAGCCCAGCCCCCAAACCUAGCUCCCCCUAGUGCUGCCCCAGCAUCAACUCACCUUCUCCAGGGAUAUGCAGAUGGUGCAAGCCAGGCGGCUCUUCAGACUUUCCUGGAGGCCACUCUACAGGACAUCCAGGCAGCACAUCACAGUCGUGAGCAACAGCUGGCCCGGGCUGCUAGGGCCUACCGAAAGCACCUGGCAGAUCUGAGCCGUAGGCAUGAGGAGCUGCUGGCCACACACAGUGUGCAGCAGGAGCAGCCUCAGGCACUAGCAGACCCAGACAGGACAACUGGGACCCUCAAGGCUACCUUUACUACAGCCACAGACCUGAAGCCACUGUCUGUGCCCCUGGCCACUGAGCUCAGCCACCUGCAGGAGAAGGAUGAGCACAGCCAGUUCAGGAUGCUGCCCUUGUGCCCACGAAAGGGACCUGGUGAAGCCUCCUCCCAGGAGACCUCAGAGCCACUGAGCCUGGAUACCAAUUCCUGGGCCCAGAUCUGCCAGAAGCUCCAGGACUUCGCCCGAGGCACUCAGAGCUGGAAUGUGAGCGAGCACAGCUGCUGGUGCGGGCCACCAAGGCUGAAGAGCAGCUUUCAGAGCUACAGGAGUAUGUGGACCAGCACCUGGGAAGGUGAGCUGAAUGGGAGAGGACCUUAGUCUGGGUGGGGGAAGAUAGUCCAUAGUCAGGUAGAUGAUUUUAACCUGAUUCCUCUGAGCAGGUAUAAGCAGGAAAUCCUGAGGCUGAGGAAGCUGGUGGGCGCAGGGGACCCCUGGAAAGCGGGAACCACACCUCCAGCCAAUCCCUAACAUCCAAGGACACAGCCGGCCUUCUGAGGAGCACAGAGCAGACCCCUUCGUAGCCAGCAAUGGAGGCUCCCCCACACCCCAGUCAUCCCUGCACCCCACAACCCCACUAUCCACAAAAUAAGCCUGUGAUCUAUGA